AUGGCGUGGAGCGGCGAGGGGAGGGACUGGGCCGCGGCGGACUCGGCGGCGGAGGGAGGAGCGCGGCUGCGGGCGGGCGGCGAGCGAGGCGCUCAAAGUCAGCCUCGCAGACAUUGCAGCAGAGCCCCGAACUCGGGAGGAGGCGGCGGCGGCGGCGGCGGCGCGGCGGUGGCGGAGGAGGCGGAGGAGGCGGAGGAGGCGGAGGAGGCGGAGGAGGCGGAGGAGGCGGCGGCCGAGGCGGAGGGACGACCCGGCCCCAAGCCCUCCCUCCCGCCAGCGCACGCCCGCCGGUGGCCCCGCGGCCGCCACUGUGCUUGGCAGCACUGCUGCUCUGAGGGAAGAGCUCGCCGGGGCGCCGGGGGAGGACGGGGCGGCGGGGCGCCUUCGUGGAGUGAGCCUGACGGAGCCCAGGCUCGGAGCCGCGGCGGCCUCGGGGAGCUUUUGGACUGUGAGCUAUUUCAGAACUCUGUUCUCAGGACCUGUUAUUUUAACAGUCAGGAGAAACACAUCCAGAAGGUGCACACUAGACCAAAAGAGGAACAGGGAAAUCUAAAGACUCCAGAUGACAUCAGCGCUACUUUUCAACAGCCUUCUCCAUUUCCUUUCUCAGAAGUAGAGACAGACCUCAGAGACAGAUGGGACUAAAGAAGAAAUUCACAUGUAUGGUUCACUCUCAUGCGUUAUCUACUUACG